AAUUGAGAAAAUGUCUUCUAUAAUACCCGGUAGCAAUUCUCAAAAUAUUAAUAAUUCCACUAUAUCCUCAAAACAAAGCAAGAAACGGAAACGUAGAAACAAAAAUAAGAAUAAAAACAAACAGUCUGUCUCGAAGAAAAAGGUUUUCAAGUACAAAUCUGUGAACAAUAGUGCAUUUAAAUUGUCUAAAUUAAUGUUUACCAUGUCGUCUUGGGCAGAGCAUUUUACUUUUGCAGCUACUUGGCAAUUGAAACACCAGAUGGCUUACUGGAAAGCAAAAGCAAAGUCUUUAGAGUAUGAAAAUAGUGUUCUACAUGACAUAAUUCGCAAAAAUCAGUAUGUAACUCGUGGUGAAAACUCGUCUACUACAUGUAAAAUUUCAGGAUCUGAUGUAGACAGAGAAAAUCAUGAAGAUGAAGAAGAAUUUAACGUGAAUGAUAGGCAUAGUCCAAUAAGAGAAGGUAAACUGGGAGAAUGGCAAGAUGCAGGAAGUACUAACUCUCAAACUAUGUUGGUGGACAUGCAAUCAGGAAGUGGGGAAGAAGAAGACAGUUCAGAUGAUAAUCAGGAUUUAGAAGUGAGUGAAGAAUUCAUACAGUUUUUGAUGAUAAAUGCCAAACACAAAGAAGAACUGAGGUUAGAGCGCGAACAACAAAAAGCAGCACAAGAAAAAGCCGAGUUAGAAGAAAGAGAGGCUCAGCUGAAAGCCCGACGGCACUACGGUUUAUCAGCCCAAGAUCUUUAUGGAGAAAGAUGGCAGAAAACUGCAGCAAUAGAGAUGUCAAUGAAAUGUGAUUAUAUGUCAGAUAUAGACAAAAAUACACCUGCAUUCUGGCCCGUGAUACCAUUUAAUUUUAAUUCACAUUAUUCACUCUAAUCAAAACUUAAGUUAAUUUCUACUUGUUGGAUUUAUUAGAUCUAUUCUGACACCAGACGCUUUCUGAUAUCUUGCUGCUAAGAUUGACAGGGAAAUAACGUAUAUCAUUCCCUGUCCCUCUCAGCAGAAAGUUCUCAGUGACCAGAUAGAUCUAAAAAACCCAAGACGCGACGCAGCGCCGCGGUCGCGCGGCGCGACUGCCGCCCAUGCUAACAGGUUGGCGACGUCAAACAGACUGCGUCCCGCUGGCCCCUUGCGUCCACGCGCCGCGGGACGCGGCGCUCCGUCUCGCCGUGUGUUUGGCCAAGCCUUUAAUGUAGAUUAGAGCCAAAAUUUAUCAGAGGUAAAUAGGAAAUUGCAAUAGUUAUUUGUUUUACAAAGGGGCAAAGUUAUUGUUUAACCCCUCAUGCUAAUAUUGAUACCUGAGCAAGCGAAGUUUCCAAAAUUGAUAAAAUUUCAAAUUCGAAAAUGGCAUCUUGAGCACUGCAAGCAUUUCAAGACACGAACCAAAUUUUCCCACCAAGGGAAAACAAAAUUUUUCACCACACUAACGCGAGGAGAAUACUAAAUUAAUCAUUCAAAGUCAUAACUUAGAAGUCAAUUCCAUCAGGCCAAAUGAGAAAACAACUCAAAAUUUGCAUCAAAUUACUUAGUGAUACCAUUCUUGUGGAUAAAAUGCAACUUUCUCAUCAGUUUUUGAAGUAUCAAGAGAGCCUUUACCAGCUGGUGUGGUGAAAACAUCUUUCGUGACCAGUGUAUAGUAGUCAGGCUUAACAUAAUGAGUAUUUCUCAUAGAAAUGUUUUUUUUAAAUAAUAAACUGCAAUUGUAUUUUUCUAAUUAGAAUU